AUGUUGGGUUUUAGCAGAAACGUUGUCGUCAAGAAGUCUUACAAGUCGGAAGUCCCUCUCGAGAAAAGGGAAGCUGAAGCUGCUCGCAUCAGAGAGCAGCAUCCUGAUAGAGUACCGGUGAUUGUUGAAAAGGCUGAAAAGAGUGAUGUGCCUGAUAUUGAGAAGAACAAAUACCUGGUGCCUGCCGAUAUUACUGUUGGGCAGUUAGUCUUUGUGAUCCGGAAAAAGAUCAAGCUUGAUGCUGACCAGGCAAUUUUCGUUUUCGUUAAGGAUAUUUUGCCACCUACAGCUGCUUUGAUGUCUUCAAUUUAUGAGGAAAAUAAGGACGAGGAUGGUUUUCUUUAUAUGACAUACAGUGGCGAGAGCACAUUUGGGACGUGCUGAAAUAUCCGAAAUGGCUAAAUAGAAAAAAAAACUUAAAAGAGUUGUAAUUAUCUCAAGUCCAUUAGUUUUUACUUUUAUAUUCUGUGUUGAUGCAUUUGCUGAGACAGAAGUCUUUAGUUUCAGGUUGAUGACUGUUUAUUUUCUAUUAAGAAACGUGUUUUCCUCAAAUUGAUUCCAUGU